CGCCCCCCUGUGUUUCCCCCCACAGUCAUCUACAUCUGCGGCCCCCUGGAGAUGCUGCACCAGAUUAUGAGGCUGGCCCAGCGGGAGAGCCUGACCAACGGCGACUACGUCUUCUUCUAUGUGGACGUGUUUGGGGAGAGCCUGCGUGCCAGUGCCACCCGCGACGCCUUGAAACCCUGGCAGAAUAAACAGAGUCAGGACGUGGGCCUGCGUCAGGCCUUCCAGACGGUGCUGGUGAUCACCUACCACGAACCCCAGAACCCCGAGUACCAGCACUUCCAGACCCAGCUGAUCCUGCGAGCCAAGGAGGAGUUCAAGGUGGAGCUCGGCUACUCGCUGAUGAACCUGGUGGCCGGCUGCUUCUACGACGGUGUGCUGCUCUACGCCAUGGCGCUGAACGAGACGCUGGCCGAGGGCGGCUCCAAGAAGGACGGCACCCGCAUCGUGCAGAAGAUGCGGGAGCGGAAGUUCCAGGGGGUCACCGGACUGGUGAGCAUGGACGGCAACAACGACCGGGACACGGACUUCAGUCUGUGGGCGAUGGGCGACCCCGAGAGCGGGGAAUACGAGGUGGCAGGGCACUACGCCGGGGCGGAGAAGAAACUGAACUGGCUGGGGAGGCCCAUUCGCUGGGUGAAGGGGGCGCCCCCCCUCGACAACCCUCCCUGCGUCUUCGAUGUGGAUGACCCCUCCUGUGAUAAAACCCCACUCUCUACGCUGGCCAUCGUGGCGCUGGGCACCGGCCUCACCCUCGUCAUGUUUGGAAUCUCCAGCUUCCUGAUUUUCAGGAAGCUGAUGCUGGAGAAAGAGCUGGCCAGUAUGCUGUGGCGGAUCCGCUGGGAUGAGCUGCAGUUUGGGAACGCCGAGCGCUACUACAAGGGGGCAGGCAGCCGUCUCACCCUGUCGCUGGUGAGAACGCCCAUCCCCGUACGCCCCACGCCUCCAGAGCCAUCGCUGCGCCCGUACGCCUCGGCCCCUCUGUGGGAACGUGGUAUUCAAAAGGCAUCCGCGCCUGCCCCGUCCCCUUGCAUUGAGCUCCCCCCGUGUGGCGCUGACCCUGUCCCUGUCCCUACCCCCCAGGGGAACGUGGUAUUCAAAAGGCAUCCGCGCCUGCCCCGUCCCCUUGCAUUGACUUCCCGCCCGUGCGGCGCUGACCCUGUCCCUGUCCCUGGCCCCCAGGGGAACGUGGUGGCUAUCAAGCAUGUGAAUAAGAAGCGGAUCGAGCUGACGAGGCAGGUGCUCUUCGAACUCAAACACAUGAGGGACAUCCAGUUCAACCACCUGACCAGGUUCAUCGGCGCCUGCAUCGACCCGCCCAACGUCUGCAUCGUGACGGAGUACUGCCCGCGGGGCAGCCUGCAGGUGAGGGGGCUGGGCAUGCCGCCAGCUUGCUUGCUGCUGGGCGGUGACCCCUGGAGAGGCUGCGGCGGCCGACAGAGCCCAGGAAAGGGGCUGGCGGGGUCUGUUACAGAGCACUGGCCCAACAAGAGAGCAAGACAAACUCCUCCUUAGGCACCUCUCUGCAACGUGCAGAAGGAAAAUUGCAUUGUUGUGGGUGACGUCAGUCGGGAGCUCUCCUGCCGCCCGUGGUACAAGAUCAGCAGUUUCUAGACAUUACAGAUGAUGCUUUUCUAAGACGAAAGGUGUUACACCCAGCACAGGUGCAGAUGAAUUCAUCCCUGGUGUGGAGGCUGGUGGUUGCCCAGGGACCAGUGUUUGACAUCUGACCACUUUCAGUACGAGCAAGCGGAGGACAGUGAGAUCAGUACUUGCUGCUUCAGAAGGGCUUCUCCCAACCCAGAGGAAAAUUAUGAGUAACAUUUAUUGGGAAGAAAAAUUUAGACAGAAAAAUGUGAAUGAAAAGUGGGAAUUUUGAAAGCAGAGUUUAUUGGCUGGCCAAAAAUGAUCCCACAACUGUGCAAGAGGGAAACUCUGGCGAAGAGCCCGUCAGGGCCGUCCUUACCCAU